AUGGCACCUGCAAACUUGAAGAUGAGAGCACUGCACCUUGCAAGGGAUUCCGCGAGCUCACCACCAGAACUCACAACAGCCUUCAAAUCGAUGCCGCAGUUGAAGCCCGGCUAUGCCCUUGUCCGCGUCGUCUACACCUCCAUUCAACCAUCGGAUAGACUGAAUGCACAAGGUUUCUUUCCAUACACCACUUACCCUCGCAUUCCCGGUCGUGAUUAUUCUGGCGUUGUUUUGGAUGUUGCCGACAAGUCAGGUGCAUCGAGCUCGUGGAUCGGAAAGAGUGUGUACGGAACUAGUGGCUCGACUCUCGGCUUUGACAUGGAUGGAACACAUGCGCAAUACUGCUUGAUUCCGCAAGAUGCGCUUGUAGAGAGACCGUCAACUAUAUCAUCCCUACAGGCUGCAACAGUGGGUGUUCCAUUCACAACCGCAUACAUCUGUAUUAGCAAAGCCCAGGUUACCAAAAACGAUGUGGUUCUCGUUCUUGGGGCAAAUGGAGCUGUGGGAUCAGCGGCCUCACAGAUGGCCCGGGCAAUCGGAUGCAAGCAAGUUUUGACAGCCGCGAGGCGAGCAGAUUCAAAACAUGACAUAGUCAUCGGCUCGGAAACUCCAGAAACAAUGCUCACGGAGGGAGUAUCUGCAAUCACAGCUGGAAAGGGCGUGGAUGUUGUCAUCGACACAGUUGGUGAUUUGAAAUUAAUGGAAGCUGCUCUGGAGCAGUUAGCUAUGAAUGGACGCUAUGCAUGGAUUGCAGCCCCUAGGGGUCAUUCCAACAAGAAGAUUACAUUCGAUAUCUUUCAAGCAUAUCGCAAAAGAGAUUACGAUGCUUGGAUGCAACUCGGCUGCUCUUGGAUUGUUCAAGGAAGCUUACAAGCACAAGCCGAGGGGGACUUUGAGACGCUGAAGUUGGAUGAUGCGAUAGAAAAUGGAUAUCGCAAGACAGCACAGAAGGUGGUCAUUGAUAUGUCAUAA